AUGGCGUCUCGUGACCACAAGAUCGAUCCCGAUGCUGCAUGGGGGAAGUCCGGCGACGAAGUGGUUGCCGAUCACACCCUGGAGACGCUGGGAUAUACCCCGGAGCUCUCGCGCAAUCGAUCGACCUGGAACGUCGUGUUUAUGUGCUUUAUCCUGUCGUCCGUCCCCUACGGCCUCAGUACGACCUUCUCCUACCCUCUGGCCGGUGGCGGUCCCGCGAAUGUGAUCUGGGGCUGGGUCACCGUCUCGCUGAUCAUCCUGUGUGUGGCCGCAUCUCUGGCCGAGAUCACGUCGGUCUAUCCCACGGCGGGCGGAGUCUACUACCAGACAUUUAUCCUGUCACCGCCCUGGUGUCGUCGCGUCGCCUCAUGGAUUUGCGGAUGGGCGUAUGUGGCCGGCAACAUCACCAUUACCCUCGCUGUCAACUUUGGAACUACACUCUUCUUUGUCGCCUGUCUGGAUGUCUUUACCUACGCCGAUGGGACCGGCAUCACCGAUAGCUGGGGCGCAUGGCAGGUGUUUCUCAUCUUCCUGGCCAUCACUCUGCUGUGUCAUGCCAUCCCGGCCUUUGGCAACAAGUAUCUUCCUUGGUUGGAGUUUUUCGCCAUCUUCUGGACCCUCGCCGGUCUGCUCGCCAUUACCGUCUGUAUUCUGGUGUUGGCUCGCGGUGGCCGGCACACCGGGAAAUGGGUCUUCACCCAUUUCGAGCCUCAGGCUGGCUGGCCGGCCGGCUGGUCCUUCUGUAUCGGCCUGUUGCAAGCCGCCUACGCUACGUCGGCCACUGGUAUGAUCAUCUCUAUGUGUGAGGAGGUCCGUCAACCGGCGGUCCAGGUGCCCAAGGCGAUGGUGGGCACCAUCGUCAUCAAUCUCCUGGCGGGACUGUUGCUCCUCAUUCCCAUCUGUUUUGUGUUACCGGAUCUGACGAUGCUGGUGAACCUCGCCUCCGGUCAACCGGUCCCCAUUAUCUUCCAACAGGCCACCGGAAGCUCGGUCGGGGCGUUUUGUCUGCUGAUCCCCCUGCUCGUGCUGGGCAUCAUCUGCGGUGUGGGCUGCGUCACCGCCACCUCGCGAUGCACCUGGGCCUUUGCGCGAGAUGCUAUGACUGUGCCCGUUGCGGUGUCUCUCAUCCAGCGUCGUCGCCAGGAUCUGAAACACGGCAGCUUUAACCUGGGAUAUCUGGGCGCGUUCUGUAAUGUUGUGUGCAUUGCUUGGACUCUUCUCGCCGUCCCCCUCUUCUGCAUGCCAUCCUACAGUACGGUCACCCUGGAGACCAUGAACUACGCCUGCGUCGUGUUCGUCGGGGUGGUGGCCAUCUCGGCGGCCUGGUACUUGGUUUGGGGCCACAAGAACUACGUCGGACCUCCCACGGACGGCGUGGAUCCGAGACCCAUAUGCGCCAUUCCCGUUGAUACCACUUCCCAAACCCCUGUGCCACCCGAGAGCGACCACCGCAACCCGCGCAUGCCCUUCCUAGCAACCACCCUAGCGCCAUCAACACUACCCGAACGAGUUUGGAAUCGACCGCGACAGCAGCUUAGCGAUACCGAUGCCUACGAUAGCGACCAGAAGAGCCCGAUUGGUACUGAUGUUCGACAUUGA